UUCUUGUCUCUGCUCGAUAUAAUUUUUUUAUUUUCACAUAAUUUUUUUUUACGACUUGCUUGAAUAUGCCGAUAUCAAUCAAUGAAAAGGAGCUUAUAACAGUGUGCACGCGUAUUGUUCGUGGGGGCGACUUGGACACACUCACGGACCGGGCUGUACGUCGAAGAGCUGAAGAACGCAUGGGGCUUGAUGACAAGCUGCUGGACCAGCAGCCGUACAAGCAAAUAGUCAAGGGGAUAGUUGUCGAAGUGUUGGAGGUUAUCUCGAAGGAGAAAGAGAAGGAUGAUGCCGAGGACGAAGAUGAGGAUGCACACAGCGACGACAACAAAAGCAAAAACAACGACAACGCUGACACUGACACUGACGCCGAUGAUGCGAGCAAAGUAGAUGGGAGCGAAGAGGAGGGAUACUCUGAUGUUGCGGACGAAGAUGUCCCCAAACUUAAACCCAAAAAGCGGGCGGCCAAGCCGCAAGUGUCAGAAAAGUCCAAGCGCGUAAAAUCCUCAACCAUCAUCACCGCCACCAGCAGCAGCACAUUGUCCAAGGCGAACGAAGCCAUCAUAAGCAACCUCAAGUCGUACAUAAACAAAUGUGGCCUGCGCAAGGUCUGGGCCAAGGAACUUUCGGGAAUGAAUGCCGCGCAGCAGAUCCGACAUCUCAAAAAGCUGCUGGACGACCUGGGCAUGGAGGGCCGGCCAACCCUGGAAAAAUGUAAAAAGAUCAAGGACAAGCGCGAAUUGCAAGCAGAGCUCGAGGCAAUGGACAACAAUGUUAUUAUUGAUGGCAGAGACAGAUCGCCUGCCGACUCAACUCGUCGUUCCAGAGCCACUGGGAGCAAGCAAAUAUCGUACAAUAUGGAUGAUGAUUCUGAGAGUGAGGACGAGGAAGGAAACGAAGCAGAAGAGGUGGAAGAUGGGGGCAAAAUUGAAGAUGAAGGUGAAGACAAAAACGAAGACGAAGGCGAAGAUAGCGACGAAUCUGAUGUCUAUACCGAGAGCGAGAGCGAUGUUGAUGAGGCAGGCCCUCCAAGUGAUCAAGAAGACCAGUCUUCAGCAGAUGAGGGUAAUAUAGCGUCAGAUGCUAACGACUCAGAGCAGUGGCUGCAGCAUCCGUGCAUAUAAAAUUUUCCCACAAUUUAAAGUACAUUAUUAUUUUCUAAAGAAUUUUCCCUGCACUCCGAUUUUUACAAAACAAGUAACAUGGCUGAUAUGUG